GUCGGUCCAAGUGUGAACACAACUUCUUCAUUCCAUUCGCAAACGUGCAACUGUGACGACUGUGAGCUCGUACGUUACGUUCUUGAGUGAAAACGAUAAUUAGAAUCAUUUGCGAAUUGGUUCGCACUUGUUUGUUUUAGCAUCGAAGUGAUCAAUUGACUCAAAAACAAAGCUGUAAAAAAUUGUAGAAAAUAAGUGAAAUUUCAGUGAUCUCAAAUUUUAGACCUAAAACGUGCCGAAGUGUCGAAGUGCAAGCGCACACUUGUCACGCGUGCUGCAACAACAUUCCUAAAGAUCGCGUCACUCACGCAUUGAAGACAGGAACUCAACUGCUGUUGUUCAACACUUACACCACGACAACGGCAGCUCCCACACCCACACCCACUCUUGCGUGUGUGUUCUCAAGGAGCAACAUAAUCGCAUCGCAAUCGCCCGACACAGCACUGUGUGAGGAAACAUGAAAAUAAAACUAUCAAAACAGUACGAAACGAAAUCCAGUUGAGUGAGGACGAAACUUUGGCCUCGGCUCUCCGCAGAAAGUGCCGCCAACACGGGAAGUGCAACUCCCGAGCCCGAGUCUGAGGAGUGUGAAGAAAAAAAAGUGAAGACAGUCAAGUAUGCAAAAAAUAUGCAUGAUUGAAAAAAAAAAAAAUCAGUGACCCUUUGAAAAUAAAAUUUAGAUAAAAAAUUAAGUGAACAAACAGUUUGAAAAACUUAGCAAAAUUGGUUAAGUAACACCUGAAUUGCCUCGCACAGCAGCAAACAGUUUUCCAGCUUCCCCACUAUUUUUGAAAUAUUUUUUUCGGACCCGCUGUGUUUGAGGUUAUCAAAAUUCAAAAAAAAAAUUGCUCAUCCCCUGUUCCUGUAACUAUUGUGUUAAGUGCGUGUUUUCGGUGUGUUUGUGUUUUAUGUGAACAAACCCAACCCAGUGGUGAAUAUGAGCACGGGUUUCGUAAAUUCAUCGAACGAAAGAACAAUCCAAACUGUUUGAAAAUCGGCACGAGAGAGAGAGAAACGAAUCAUCAUCCAUUCGAAUCAAGUUACCGCAAAUUUAGAAGCUAUCAAGAUGGGUAGCAGCGAAGCGCAAACUUACUGUCUGCGAUGGAACAAUCACAAGAGCAAUCUGGUCGAAAUCCUGGAUGCACUCAUCAAGAUGGAGUGCUAUGUCGACUGCACGAUCUACGUUGACGACCAGGUUCAGUUCAAGGCUCACCGAGUGGUGCUGGCCGCCAAUUCGCCAUAUUUCCAGUCCAUCUUGCAGGACGUCCCGAUGGACCACUGCAGCAUCCUUUUCCCCGGUGUGCAAGAAUUCGAGAUGCGUGCCCUGUUGGAGUACAUGUACACGGGAGAAGUGAACGUCACCCAGGCGCAGAUUCCACGAAUCAUGAAGAUUGCCGAACAGUUGGAAGUGAAGGGGCUGUUCGAUAUGGCCGAUCUGAAGGGACGCUUCGAGAAAAUGGUCGACGAACGGGAACGUGAAUCUGCCUUUACCAGCAGCAAUUACAGCAGUAGUAAGCCACACACGCUAACAAGCAAUCAGCAGUCUCCACCCGCGGUCAUUUCGACCUCCACAAAUGUCUCAAUUGCUCAGAGCAGUAGCUCAUCCCCACCAUAUUCGUACAAAUCCCCCUACACCAGUCUGUAUUCCCGCAAGAGUCCCUCAGAUAUCGAUCGUGACCGGGAACGGGAGCGGGAUCGUGACCGGGAAAGGGACCGUGAUCACGAAGAGCGAGAUCGUCGUGAACAGCUGUCCUCGUUCCCUCAUCCACCACCGCCCCAUUCAUCAUACUCCCACCCAAGCGAACAUCCCCAGGACGAUCAACCCCAAACCUCGUCAUCAUCGUCAAUCUCCGUUCAGCAGCAGCAGCAACAAUCCCAAAACCAUCGAUGGUCUCUACCCCCUCAAAUCCCAGUCACCCUACAUCAACCUCCCCAGCUGCACAGUAUGCUCAGCUCGGUGUACGAUUCGAACGCAGAUAUGAACCCCCUGAAACGCAAAAAGCUCCAAUCCAUGUCCAGUAUGCUCCGUGACACCCCGAUCCUUCGCAACGUUCUCGCCCAACCAAACGCCGCUGACUCAUCGCAACCCACGUCAUCCGCCCUGUCGCUCCAACAAACGUUGCCCGGAACCAGCCCCGAAGCCAGCACAUCCGUCGUGGCGAGUACUUCCGAUGUUCAUCACCACCCGGCGGACCCGAGCAGUAGCCAUCACUCCAACGGCGGCAGUUAUCGGCAUAUCAAUGAACCACUUUCGCCCUACGGAGACGGAUCGUACGACGACGAAGCGAUGAUGGAACCACGCUUGAACUACAGCGCCGAUGAUGCACGGCUCGCAUCCUACGUUCCCCACCAGCAGCAGAAACCCGAGUGGAAACGGUACAAACAGUACCGCCGGCAGGACCUCAUGAACGCUAUCGACUGCGUUCGCAAAGGUAUGAGUGCGUUGCAGGCGUCCCGUAAGUUCGGCAUCCCCUCGCGAACACUGUACGACAAGGUGAAAAAACUGGGCAUCACAACCGGUCGACCGAUGAACCGCGCUAUCAAACGAAGCCCCAGCUCCAGCACUAGUCCUGCCACAUUCCCGUAUGGCCUAGGCGGAGCGACCCACAUGUUCGCCGCCGGACCUUCCGGCGAGCAACAGAUCCCCUCACAGUCCCAGAUGCCCCACGGAGACGAGGAUAAUGGAAGGAUGAUGAAUCCCAGCUCGACCCAUCAUUUACCACCCACGAUCCCCCAUCCCGCUGCAGCUCUCCUGGACCCAUCAUUCCUCCAGCAAGCUCUGGAGGCCCGGGGCGGAGAUAUUGCCGGUCGUGAAGCGCUACACGCUAUGGCGUUUGCGGCGGCGGCUCACGCUGCAGUUAACGGAAUCAACACCUCGCCUGGAACCCACGGAACGGCACGCUCCCCCAGUCCAAAUGUUCUCAUGAAAUAUAUGCGAUCGGUUUCGAUGGGUUCAGCGGAAGACCGUGAGCGAACCAGGACAGAGUCCAACGAAGAGGAACGUCACCAUCAUCACCAUCGCAACAAUGGAUCCGACGCAUACGAACGACCGGAAAGAGAACCCAUGGAUCAUGAGGACUCACGGGAUAUCAGUGGUGGUGGCGAUGACAUGGUGGAAGAUCUCUCGAUGACACGACGUGGACCAAGCUCGGACCGUGGUUCGAUAUCACCUCCACCAAUGCCAAGCCAUUCCCAGCAUCAACAUCCGCCGCCACAUUCACAACACCUCCUGCCACCACCACCCCAAAUGCCACCCCAGCAACAGGGGGUGAUUGUCCCGGCGCCUGGCAAAGCCAAGGAGGACUACAAUCCGAUGCCUAUCAAACGGGAGGUUAUCCCUGACAGCAACGUCCACAUGGAAUCGUCAUAAGAGGUUAGUUUUGAAGUCACGGCCGACACUUUUCCAUCGUUCCGGUGGAAGGUCCUUUUAAACUCGUACUAUCAAAUUUCUAAACUCCCAAUCGAGUAGUGGAAUACUUUUAGUUACUACCAUUACCUUUAAGUUAUCCUAUUUUUCCUAUUUAAUGUUACCAUUUGUGUAGACACGAAAGCAAAAAGACAUUUUGAAGCUCAAAGGAGAAAAUCGAAAUAAGAAACUGAACGAACGCUAACUAUUAAUCACACAAGACCGCGCAACAUGAGUUACCUUAAAUUACAACAAAAAAUUAUUAUCAUAGUUUAAUUUAUCUACGGUUUAUUUUAAUAACUAAUUCCAAUCGAUUCGAUCAGCAUAGAAUAACAGGAAUCUCUGAGAGAGAGAGAGAGAGCAAAACAAACCCACCGAAGCAACCAAAAACCAUAUUGUUACAAACAAACAAAAUAGACUGAAGCUACGAAAGUUCCAAUUAGUGCCCCGAAUCACCCAAAUCAUCCACUAGCAACACAAUUUAUACCAGUUCCAGAAACCAAGGUGCAAUAACGAAAAGGAUUGUUUGUUUUUUUUACGACGGCAGGAAAUCUUAUAUUUUUUGUGUAUUUAUACUAUUUUGCGUUACUGUAUGUUUUUUUUUUUUGUUUCCUUUAUUAUUUGUUUUCUGUUAUUAUCAUCGAAUCUACCCUAUCCGAGGGGAGUUGAAACCGUAUCGAAUUCCGUACUAAAACUAUUAGGCUUAUCUUUCGCGAUUUGAGUUCCUCCCGCCCAAACUGUAUAUAUAUCUUUAUCGGGAGCAUCCGCAAGACAAGCCUUUAAUUUUGUUAUAAACUUCACCGACUAGUGCCUAUCGACAUACUUGGAAGGAAUUCAACAUUUACUCUGUUUACGUUCGUGUUACCAUAAGCUAGCAAAAAAAUGAUUUAGACUAAUGUCAUUGGAUGUAAAGUUGUGAAGCCAUAUCUCAAUCGAGGCAAAAAAAAAUCAAACAAACAGAAUAAAAAACGCAAAAAUUAAUAGAGUAGCUGUGAGCAAAAAUAAAAGUAGGAAACCCCGUAGCAUAAUGUGUUUAGUGUUAGUUGGAAUCAAUGCCAUAUUUGAGUAGUAGAAGGAAAAUCAGCACCGCACUGUGAAGUGAGAAUUGCAAGAAGAAAUCAAAACGUUUUUGUUUCUUUCUGGUAGAAAAGACUGAUUGAGCGGAAAUAUUGUUACUGAACAACGCGAAGAAAAAGAGUAGUAAGGAUUUGAAAGGAAUGCUGUGUAGGCAAUAAGUUCGUUCGAACGCUAAGUUGUUUAAAUUCUUCGUUUUUUGUCACAUUCAUAUAUAUAUUUUAGAAUGAGUUUUUAAGACUGAGUUAGACUUGUUUCUUGUCCGGGUAAUACCACCACUAUUACUUAGAUAUUUAUUCGCAAGACAAAGCAGACAAAACAGCGAAACCUGGCAGCGUAAAAUUUAAAACUGUAAUAUAUUCUAGAGAUGUAAGUGAAAUGAUGGAAAAAACGCUCAGAAAUAAAACCUGAAACGAAGAUAGUGCUGGGCCGAUGCAAUACUACAAACACACACAUAGUUGCCACCCCUUUUGUGGGAGCAUACAAGCGGAGAAAAUCCACCCAAUUGCCAGAGCCAACAGCAGUUAACGCAAAUCAAGCGUACGCAUGUAUAUUUUUAUAACGCAAACCAUGAAAUGUAAGUUUAGUUGCUCACCAUAAAUAUUUUUUUAUAACUAGUGUAAAUGUAAAAUACAAAAACAACACUAUUAGAGAUAGUUGAUAGAAUAAAUAGCAAAAAAACAGAAAAGAAAAUCAAAAACUCAAACAAGUUCCAAACACAAAACUAAUCGUUGCCUAGAUGUUAGUUACGCUAAUUUUGUGUAAACAGAAAAGCUGAAAAUUCUUUAUUUUAAACUAGAAUCUUGUGGGGAUAAAACGUUGUAAGUUAUGAUUUGAUCCUAGCAGAGAUAUGAAUAUUUUUCUUUUUGGAAAAAGAUUCCUAUACAUGAAAAAAGAAACUUUAUAGUAAAUGUAUAGCAAAGUGCAUGAAAUAAAAACGUGAU